GUAAAAUCAGAGGUUGGUCUGAACAUAAUCUCAUUGGAGGGGUGGGAGAAGAGAUGCAGAAAAAUGAGAUAAUGACGACGUGUAUAAAUAAUCAGAGCACUGGGUUUCCGGCAGACUGCAACCUCCAGCAAGGAAACCACUCCAGGGCUGAAUCCAAAACAUUAGGGUGAAUUACACCAAGACGGUCUUGUUAAAAAAACACUGAGUGAUUCCAGGACAUUUUUUCAUUCUUCUUUUGUGAAGUCUGCAAUAUUGUUUUGGAUUGCAAUAUUGUUUUGUGAAGUUUGCAAUAUGUGUUGCAGAGAGUGUGCAAAGUGCCUUGGAGUUAUUCUAAUUCCUUUGGCUGUCCUGUGUACCCUUGCCAAUAUCUUGCUGUUUUUCCCUGGCGGAAAUGUUGAAACCAGUGAACAUAUUACAAAAGAAGUCUGGUGCUUUGGAGGGCUCUUGGGUUCUGGUGUACUGAUGGUGUUUCCUGCCUUGGUUUUUUUGGGUCUUAAGAAUAAUGAUUGCUGUGGCUGCUGUGGUAAUGAAAGCUGUGGAAAGAGAUUUGCGAUGUUCACUUCUAUAAUAUUUGCAGCAGUGGGAGUUGUGGGAGCUGGAUACAGCUUUAUUGUUUCAGCAGUUGCUCUGAACAACGGCCCUUUGUGUUUAAUGGAAGAUGGGUCGUGGGACUAUCCAUUCCAGAAUGGAAACUAUCUCACAAACCACAGUAGCUGGAGUACGUGUCAUGCACCCGAGUCCAUCGUGCCUUGGAAUGUAUCUCUCUUCUCUUUGCUGCUGGUCAUGAGUGUUAUUCAGUUGGUGCUCUGUGCCAUUCAAGCUGUCAAUGGACUCCUAGGCACACUCUGUGGGGACUGUAAAUGCUGUGGAUGUUGUGGGGGAGAUGGAGCUGUUUAAAGCAUAUGCAGACAACAUAAAUUGCCUUGUGCACUGUAAAGAAUAUCCUUCCAGGUGUUCCCCUUGAUAUGAUGGGCCUGGUGCCUUUUCACACUCAAAGCAGGUCUGGAACGAGGGGCAUUGGUUUUCCUCCUGUUUACAAGCAGCCCUGACCACCUUUCCCACCAACUGAAAUUUCACUGCUCCCGAUGAAUCUAGCAGCUGCUUUGAUUAUAGCAUAUUUAUUUUUGUAAUAAGUUCUUUUCCAAGACAAACUCUUUGGACAAUGACUUUUCUUGCUAAAUAACCUUCUGACAGAGGAGAACAGGCGGUGUAUAUCACAAAUGCUGAGCCUGAGCCUAAACUUGGCCUGCCCUACAUAUUCUUAGGGAACUAAUCCCCCUCCUUCCUUCUUCCUUCCUUCCUGGUUCUUUCAAAGCAACAGCAUCUAUUUUCCUUCAAGUUCUCCCAGUCCACACACUCACUUAGCCUGCAAUUUUUGGCUACUUGUGAGGUAACCUUUGUAUUGUAGGUUACCUUCAUGCAGUGCUUUGAUCUGUCACUUACUACAUGGAUACAGGCAGAAAUCAACAUCCAGCCCAUCUUGAGGAAAUCAGAGUUAGAUUGAGAUCUGCAUACUCAGGGGAUCCUUUACUUUUGAUUACUGCACAUCAAGCAGUUUAGCAAAGGCAGCUUUUCUGUCAGCAACAUUGCAGCAACAAGCAAAGCCACGGCUUCUGGACCUUCCCUGUCAUGCAGCUAUUAAAGGCAUGGAGUCUCCUUUGAAUUGCCCUGAAUUGCUAAGGGGCUGCUGCUGUUUGGAUUUUGAUUUUCUUUUCUAUGCCUUUAAUGGCAAACGGGCAUGAAGAAUUUCAGCAGGUGAAGUUUUUUCCUGGCUUGGGCAAAAAAAUAUGGGGGAAAGUUCACCUGCUUAAUUUCUUGGAGUUGGGCUGACUUUCAAGAUACAGAAAUAAAGCCCAGAAAAAAAGGUCACACUCCUAGUUGGGCAUCAGAAUUCAUAUUUGAGAGCAUCUGCAAAUACAAUUCCAGCUAUUAUCAUCACUGACCUAGGGUAUAGCCCAGGGCUGCUCAGCUUCGGCCCUCCUGCAGAUGUUGGCCUACAAUUCCCAUAAUCCCUAGCUAUUGGCCACUGUGGCUGGGGAUUAUGGGAGUUGUAGUUCAAAAACAGCUGGGGGGCCUAAGUUGAGCAGGCCUGGUAUAGCCCAUCCUGGACAAAGACACUUCUCUCACAUAGGUAUUGGCCUGUCCUUGCUUACAGACAGUCUCCUAAUCCAAGGGUUCACAAAAUUGAGUCCGCAGAUGUUCUUGGACUACAGCUCCCAUAAUCCCUGGGGAUGAUGGGCAUUGUAAACCAAUAAAUCUUGGGACCCAAAUUUGAGAACCCUUGACCUAAUAUUAAAAGGCUGCUGACCAACAACAACAAAAUGUAUAACAAAGAAACAAAUACAGGGACCCUGCUACAAACCUCAGUUCCAACUCUGUCCGAAUCUCCACUCAGACAACACCAAUACAUGACCCAAUAAUAGCUCUAUUCACACAUUAUGUUCACCAUAGAUAUACACUUAUUUGCAUGCAUUAUAUUCAGGUUUGUUUUGUUUGUGAGAUAGUAUUGAUGUGAGAGAUGGAUUUGAAUGUUCAUUGCUGGGAAACAACAGUGGAUUUCCUCUCCAUGCCAGGAAAAGAUUCGCCCACUUAAUUUCUUUGUUUAAGAGACAGAAGCAGGGUCACAAAAACCCAACACACACCCAGCGACAGUCUUGUUCACAUUUUAAACAUUAAUGGAUGCCAUGUUUCAUAGGAACCCCUGCUAACUGGAAACCCUGAAUUUGAGGGGGCCUAUGUCCCGGUUCACUUUUUAAAUAAACAUAGGUAUAGUCUUUCACACAAACACAUGUACAAGCGUAUAGAUCCCUGUAUGCAUGUCUUAAUAGGGCUAAGGUCAGCGAUACCUUCAAGGGCUGAUUCAUUUACUCAUCUUCAGUGUGAUAUAUGUAUUCAUCAGCCUGUUGUGCCCUUCUGUGUCUAUAUAGGUGAAACAGGUCAGUCUCAAGGAGAGCUGGUCUUGUGGUAGCAAGCAUGACUUGUCCCCUGAGCUAAGCAGGGUACACCCUGGUUCCAUAUGAAUGGGAGACUUGAUUUGUGAGCACUGUAAGAUAUUCCCCUGAGUGGAUGGAGCCACUCUGGGAAGAGCAUCUAGGUUCCAAGUUCCCUCCCUGGCAUCUUAAAGAUAGGGCUGAGAGAAAUUCCUGUCUGCAACCUUGGAGAAGCCACUGCCAGUCUGUGUAGAUAAUACUGAGCUAGAUGGACCUAUGGUCUGACUCAGUAUAUGGCAGCUUCUUAUGUUCCUAUAUGCAAAAUAAUAAAUGGACACACAUCAACAUCAGAAAUGUCAACAGAAACCAGUGGGAGAAUAUUUUAACUUCCAAGGACACUCUGCUGCAGGCUUCAACACUACUUCAACAAAAAAAAUUUAGAGGGAACUCUGUCAGUUGAAUUAGAAUGUAUAAUGAGACUUGAUACCAUCUCUGCAGCCCUUAGUUGAGACAACGAUUUUUGAAAUCACAUUACGUAGUUAAUUAGCAUUGCUAAGAGGUUAUAACACCAAUUAGUACUGUUGUUAAUUGUCACCACAUUUCUGUGUAGUUUUUUCACCUAUUCAUGACUAGAACCCUUGCAUUUCCUGCCAUUUGACACCACUAGUUUUAAAUCUUUUCUCUGUGUGUGUGUGUGUGUGUGUGUGUGUGUGUGCGCGCGCACGCGCACAUACCUGCGUCCUACUGAGGUUUAUAAUUAAUGCAUAUGAUGAAGUGGACUGUAAUCUUUGGAAGCUUAUGCUACAAUAAUUCUGUUAAUCUCUAAGGUACCACAAGUCUCUCAGUUAUUUUUGCUGCUGCAGCCUAACACAGCUACCCCUUUGGCAGUUUAAACUAUUGUCCUUGAUUUAUUUUCUGCUAAUGAAGCUAAAAUUCUGCAGACCAGCACCUUCUGCCCAGAGAGUUAUCUGUAAUAUAGUAACAUUAAGAGACCUUUGUGCUGAAAGAUUUUCUGAAAAGAAUUAAAGUGUUUUCUUUUUGUAUAAA